CUAAACUUGUGCCCAAUUUGAAUUAGAUCCCUUUCUGCUCCUGACUCACACAGGGAAGGCAAGCAGUCUAAAAACGCAGGAUUUUAGACAUUUCCCAGAUAACAGAUUAAUGCAAUACACAAGGACAUUACAAAAAGCAAACAAGAAAAGACACUACUAGUUUGGUCAAUGAUGUCUUUGAUUUGGCUACUGUUUUAUGCAUACAUCCAUGCCAUUUCUGGCAUGAUCUUAUUUGGGGACAUUGCUGAUCAGGACAGCCCCAUUAGUGUGAGUAUCCCUGUUGAACCACCACUGCGUCCCCUAUUGGGGGGAAGCAUGAUUAUACCUUGCUACUUCCAGGACAACACUGUCCAGGACCCUGGCGCCCCAACGACUGCCCCACUUCCCCACCGUAUUAAGUGGAGCUACAUCUACAAGGGCAGAAUAUCUCUUAUUCUUGUUGCCAGUGGGGGCGUGGUGCAGGUUGAGACAGACUACGUGGACCGGGUUCAUUUGGUAAACUACCCCAUGGUGCCAACUGACGCCACCAUUGAGAUCUCAGAACUCCACUCCAGUGACUCCGGGACCUACCGCUGUGAGGUUAUGCAGGGGAUUGAAGACAACUACGAUUCUGUAGAAAUGCAAGUCCAAGGCAUUGUAUUUCACUACCGAGCAAUAUCUACCAGAUAUACCUUGACAUUUUUGAUGGCAAAGGCAGCCUGCAUCCAGAACAGUGCUGUUAUUGCAACUCCCGCACAGUUGCAAGCUGCCUAUGAUGAUGGAUACCAUCAAUGUGAUGCUGGUUGGCUUUCAGACCAAACUGUGAGGUAUCCUAUUCAUGAGCCAAGGGAGCCUUGCUAUGGAGACAAAGAAAAUUUCCCAGGAGUACGAACAUAUGGAGUCAGAGACAUCAAUGAGACCUAUGACGUGUACUGUUUUGCAGAGAAAAUGUCAGGCAGUGUGUUCUACUCUAUGUCUAUGGAGAAGUUCACCUUUGCAGAGGCUGAAGACCAGUGUGCAAAUUUGGGGGCCCAACUGGCCACCACAGGGCAACUCUACCUUGCAUGGAAGGCUGGUAUGGAUGUGUGCAAUGCUGGCUGGCUGGCAGACAGGAGUGUGAGGUACCCCAUUAACAUAGCUCGACCCCAGUGUGGUGGGGGGCUUUUGGGAGUGCGAACAGUGUACCUGUUUCCAAAUCAGACUGGUUAUCCAUACCCGGACUCCCGCUAUGAUGCAAUAUGUUAUGCAGAAAAAGAAGAUAAGGUUUCAACAAAGACCUCACCAUUUCCUAAAAUAUACACUACCACGGAUUCCAUGAUCAGUGUGGCUACAUUCACCUCGAGCCCUUCAGACUAUACUGAAGAGGUGACCACAGAAGGAGAGGUCCGUGGUCAGCUAGUGACAGAAGAGCCUCUUAACACCACAAGCAUAGAAAGUCCUCUACCUUUACUUCCCAACAUAACUGAGGUUGAGGAGGACAUUAUUAAUGUGGCCACGGCUCUGCCUUACUUGGGACAUGAGAUUCCCAUGGACAAUGACACUGCUGAAACUAAGGGAGUGGUAUUCCACUAUCGUGCUGACUCCAGACGCUAUUCUUACACCUUUGAAGAAGCACAAGUAGCAUGUCAGAAGCUGGGAGCAAUCAUAGCCACCCCUGAGCUUCUUCAGGUGGCUUAUGAAGCUGGCCUUCAUCAAUGCAGUGCAGGUUGGCUAAAGGACCAGACUGUCAGAUAUCCAAUUGUGAAUCCUCAAAAGAAGUGCGUCGGAGAUCAGAAGGACCUCCCUGGCAUACACUCUUACAAUGUCAGGCCUGCACAUGAGCGGUACGAUGUGUACUGUUAUAUGGAUCAGAUAAAGGGAGAGAUCUUCCAUGUGAGCUCAUUAGCAGGCUUCACCUACUAUGAAGCUGUUGCCCAUUGCAUAAAACUGGGAUCUACUCUUGCUUCAACUGGAGAACUGUUCGCCUCAUGGAAUGAGGGUUUCCACAAGUGCAGUCCGGGCUGGCUGUCUGAUCGCAGUGUCCGCUAUCCUGUCCGCAACCUAGGCUUUGGUUGUGGUGAAAACAAGACAGGAGUACAUACUAUUUAUACUCAACCAAACCAAACAGGCUUCCCAAACCCAUACUCCAGAUAUGAUGCAUAUUGCAUCAGAGCAAAUCUGUCUAUCCUGCUUGAUGAAGAUUUGAUGAACACUACAAAGAUAGGGAUGGAUUUUAACAUGACAGAUAUAACAGAGCUGCUGAGACCAGUUCGACCAAUUGUCCCUCCCUUGCUUGUGGAACUGUCUGGAUCUGGAUCGGGUUCGGGCUCAACAUCAGCAUCAGGUGAUCCUGAUUCCAGUUCUGGGUACAUGUCAGGGAGUGGCAUACCCAGUGGGAGCAUAUCCAGUUCUGGCCAAAGUGGUGAUGGAUCAGGUCACCUUGUGAGGUACCAAGAAGGUGCAGAUACACUCAUGUGGCAAACUUCUGCCUCGGGCAGCACUAUGGAGGCAAGAGAAGAUAGUGGCAGUGGCAGUGGUGUUAUCAUUACUUCAGUAUCAUCAGGGGAUCAAGAAUCUGGACAGGAAUCUGGACUCUUUUAUGAACAAAGUGGCAGUGGACCUUGCAUUGGAUCUAGUGGUUCAGGAACAAGUGGAUUCUUCAGUGGUGAGGAAUCAAGCCUUCCAUCAGGAUUUGGCAGUGGAUCUAGUGGUUCAGGAACAAGUGGAUUCUUCAGUGGUGAGGAAUCAAGCCUUCCAUCAAGACUUGGCAGUGGAUCUAGUGGUUCAGGAACAAGUGGAUUCUUCAGUGGUGAGGAAUCAAGCCUUCCAUCAGGACUUGGCAGUGGAUCUAGUGGUUCAGGAACAAGUGGAUUCUUCAGUGGUGAGGAAUCAAGCCUUCCAUCAGGAUUUGGCAGUGGAUCUAGUGGUUCAGGAACAAGUGGAUUCUUCAGUGGUGAGGAAUCAAGCCUUCCAUCAGGACUUGGCAGUGGAUCUAGUGGUUCAGGAACAAGUGGAUUCUUCAGUGGUGAGGAAUCAAGCCUUCCAUCAGGACUUGGCAGUGGAUCUAGUGGUUCAGGAACAAGUGGAUUCUUCAGUGGUGAGGAAUCAAGCCUUCCAUCAGGACUUGGUAGUGGAUCUAGUGGUUCAGGAACAAGUGGGUCUUUCAGUGGUGAGGAAUCGAGUGGGUCGGGCUUCUCUGGUGUAUCAUUUAUAAACACAGAAAUGAUAGAUCUGACUGCAAGUCCUUCUGGAGAACAGGAAUUGUCUGGUGUUUCUCCAUUCGACUUGACUGAUGUUAGUGGUUUCAGCUCUGCUUCCAGCUCUGCUUUUGGAUCUGGUUCUGCCUCUGGAUCUGGCUCUGCCAUUGGCUUCGGAUCUGGCACCAUCAUUGACUUUGCAUCUGGUUCUGCCAUUGGCUUUCGAUCUGGCUCUGCUUCUGGAGCUUCAGGUUAUCCCAGCGAUCCCUCAGGUGAGGUAUCUGGCCACAUUCAGAGUCAGGAUGGAAAGAUUGUCAUUCUAACGGAUGAUGAGGUUGAGUUGAUGUUUAGGCCUACAAUUGGAACAGAACAGGGUCGUGGAUCCGUGGAGAUCAGUGGAGAGGGCAGUAGUCAAGAACAUUAUGCUGAGGACCUCUCCAUAUCUCUUUCUAAUAGUAGUUCAUAUGAAGAUUAUUGGAGUGUCAAUGAAACUGUUGAUCUCCUACCAGAAGGACAAAAUCAACUUAAUGUCAUCACUGAGGCAUUUGAUGUGACUGAUCAGUCACCACUGAACACAACACCAUCCACGACUUCUAUACUCAUUACUUCACCUUCAGCUGUACUACAAACACCAAAAGCUAUGGAGGAACCAUCUUUAACUGAUGCGGUACAGGGAUGUGCUGAGGGGUGGAUGGAGUUCAUGGGCAGCUGUUAUAUUCAUUUUGAUGUGCGUGAGACCUGGACCACUGCUGAGCAGCACUGUCAAGAGCUAAACUCUCACCUGGUUAGCAUAUCCUCCCAACAAGAACAAGUGUUUGUAAAAAAUCAAGCUCGUGACUAUCAAUGGAUUGGACUUAAUGACAAGGAUGUGCAAAAUCAGUUUCGCUGGACAGACGGAAGCCCUUUGGAAUAUGAAAACUGGAGACCCAAUCAGCCAGAUAAUUACUUCAGCACCGGAGAAGACUGUGUUGUAAUGAUAUUGCAUGAGGAUGGCCAGUGGAACGAUGUACCCUGCAACUAUCAUCUUCCUUUUACUUGCAAGAGUGGACCUGUCACAUGUUCAUCACCUCCUGAAGUGAAGAAUGCCAGGAUGUUAGGCAACAGCAAAGAUCGCUACCCUGUUAAUUCUAUCAUUCGAUACCAGUGUGACAGUGGAUUCACACAGCGCCACCUUUCAGUGGUACGUUGCUUACCUGACGGGCAGUGGGAGGAGCCUAAAGUGGAAUGCAUAGGAGGUGAAACAAACAACAGGCUACGGAAAAGAUCCCUCAAGACACAUCCCAAAGCAGUCAAUAGUCGGACGUGGACGAAAGUCCUCUAAACAAGACAAAAAAAAACACCUCAAAAUAUUCAGAGGACUGUUAUUAAUAAAGAUCAUCUCAAAGACAAGGGAAUAACUUAUGUAAUGACAAACUUUACUUAGUCCGUCUGGCUGAUUGGUUUACUAGUGCUACUCAGAGCUCUGUUUUGGGGAAAAGAAAGAUUUUAUUCCUCCCACUUACGUAACUUCUGGGCCACAGGACGAUAAUCUAAUCUAAAAAGAAUAGACUUAAUUUCACAGAGCCCCCCUUGAGUUUUCACUUUAAUUAUUACAUAAUCACUGCUUAGUCCCUAAUAUUACAAGCAAAGCACAGAAAUUUACUUUACCAUUAGUGCCAGUCUUAAAAGGUUUCCUCCAGGCCACAAGGUAACACUAAUGUGUGAAUAUUUUCCCACUUUCUCUCUAACAAUUUGCACAAUCCAAAACUGUGAUGUGGCCAUGUAUGUUCAGAAGGGAAGACUACUACUUAGUGAAUAUGGCUAAGUAGUACUGCCUACAAUUUUAAAAAUAAAUAAAUAAAUGAAACAAGUGAAAGAGUAGGCAUUGACAUGACUAUCACAUGACUUAUUAUUACUCUGCAUAUGAGCGACGGUGACAAAAUUUGCAUACAGUACUCUGCACAGUAUACAUUCUACAGCAAUAGUACAGGUAGUGUAGAAUUAUGCAGAAUAAACAUAGCCUCUACAAUCCCCAGUUUUGCCCCUUCAUACUUAACAAUAACUGAUGAUUGGAAAAUGCAUUUUUGAAUAUGUAGAAACACAAUAACAGUAUUGGGGCAUUUUUAGAGUUUAGUUUUGUCACAUACUGUUUGCAUUUGAAUGUAAGUGUUUGUAUCGAGCUCCAUAAUUACCUUAGCUUAACUUUUAGGUUCAUGCAUUUACAUGUGGCAACAUUGGCCUUGCAUUCCUUUUUAUUUUAUUCAAUUUAAAAGGAGGACACAAGGGGUUGUGGGCAAUAUUAGCCCAAACAGCACAGAUGAACUUUGGAAAUCUGCCAGAAAUAGUGUACCAUGCUGGCACCUUUGGCAUACUAUUUUCAACAUAUUAUGAUUGCAAAAAAAAAAAAACCUUAUCUGGCAUACUAUUCACGGCAGACAGUAUGCGAAGUGAACAUCUGUGCAUUAGAUAGCACAAAGGUUAUACUGUCUGUGUACCUCUGGGUAACAAAAAAAACAAGACAAAAGGCUUUAAUGACCACAGCUGGACACAAUUACAUUUAAGUACAUUAGUAUUUCAAAUUCUUUAAUUAAGAUGUGUCUUUUUAUGUAUAUUGUUGUUUGUUGUAGUUUAAAUGUCUAGUUGUAUUUCUGUGAAACUGUGAAAGAUACAUUCCCCAGCGUUUUGCUUCUGAUUCUAGGUCAGCUUGCAAUAGUAUACAAAUGUUUACUCCGAUUAGAAAGAUUUAUUAAUUCACUAGCUCAUAUGAUUCGGCUUGGCCUACAAAACAGAUUUAAGCUCAUAUAUUGCCUAUAGAGACAAACAUACAUUUGCAAAAAAGACAGGAUUACAAGAUGAAACUUUUUUAAUUGCCUAAAAGAGUUUAAAAAUCCAUAGUAAUAGCCAACACACAUAGUCUGUGCCACAAUGUUGAUGGAUAGAGCAAUUUCUCAUUAAUUUUGCACUGUCACUGUCAGCCCUUCGCUGAGCUCAUAUCUGUCUUAGUACCCCUAAAAUAAACAGACUAAAUGUGUGAAUAGUCGAUUUUUCUUUUAAUACCAGAGAGUGGUAUUAAAGCUGAAAUGUGUAAUUUCUUUACCGCUAGCAUCAACACACUGCAACUAAUAGAUGUUUUCAAAAAGCUUUUCCAAACAUUCUCACCCUCUGCCAUUGGUCAAACAAACAGACAGUCCCACCCAAAAUGACUCCUAUUGGAUGAGCCAAUGUUGCUGUUGUUGGGCUGAUCAGGAUGUUUAAACACACAGUCACACUGUUCACACUUUUCUGGGAAAUAAACCUACCAGCGACUUACUUUUAGUUCUUUCUGCAUAUUAAACUGGAAUGGAAAACAUUUUAGCAUUAAAAAAAACAUGCACUUCACA